AUGCCUCGGUUUUCGUCAGAACAAAGCAGCAAGCCUCUGUCAUGGACUGAUGCCUCUGGGAAUACUUACUCGUACUAUGAGCAUCCCUUCUUGAAGUCUGUCAUCUUCAUCUUGGGCCAGGAGCUUUGUGAACGAUUAGCAUACUAUGGUCUCACGCCCAACUUGCAGACCUUCUUGAAGGAGUUUGCUGGUAUGGAUGAUAGCGGAGCCAACUCUUAUAUUUCUAUUUUCAAUUCGAUCAUUUAUUUGACCCCCCUAGUGUCGGCCGCCUUGUCCGAUACCAUCCUCGGUCUAUACGUCACGAUCGUCAUAUUUUCGCUGAUCUAUGCAUGUGGGUUGGUUCUACUGACGCUAUCAGCAAUCGAGUCUAUCUCUGAACAAUGGAUGAUUGAUGUGGCACUACUUUUCCUUAUCGCACUCGGUGCUGGUGGUAUCAAGAGUUGUGUGAACAUCAUGGGGGCUCAGCAGUUUCACCCUGAGCACCAUAAGGACCUUAUCACGAGGUAUUACACCUAUUUCUAUGCUACCAUCAAUGUUGGUAGUAUUAUUGGUGGUAUCGUCUCCCCCAUCCUUGUGCAAGAGUGCUCCUUCUUUGUUGCUUUCCUCUUCAUCACAAUCGUCUUCUUGUGCGCCUGCGUGGUAUUCCUAUCGGGUG